AUGGGGUCUGAAGGGCCUCCAGCUGUAACAAUCCAUGUGACAGGAUUCAAGAAAUUCCAUGGAGUUGCUGAGAAUCCAACCGAGACUAUUGUUAGUAAUCUAAAAGAGUACAUGAAGAAGAAGGGCUUGCCAAAAGGUGUGAUUCUCGGGAGUUGCAGCAUUCUCGAGACUGCAGGACAAGGAGCACUUGCUUCACUAUAUGAGAUCUUUCGGUCUUCCAUAAAGUCGAAGGAUUCUGAAUCUUCAAGUCCGGGAAGAAUUAUUUGGCUACACUUCGGGGUCAAUAGUGGGGCAACAAGAUUUGCCAUUGAGCAUCAGGCUGUCAAUGAAGCUACUUUUCGCUGUCCAGAUGAGCUGGGAUGGAAACCACAGAAAGUGCCCAUCAUUCCUUCAGAUGGUGGAAUUUCACGAGUUCGAGAGACUACUCUUCCUGUUGAGGAGAUCACAAAGUGCUUGGCAAAGAAAGGUUAUGAAGUGAUGACAUCUGACGAUGCUGGCCGAUUUGUGUGCAACUAUGUUUACUACCACUCCCUUCGGUUUGCAGAGCAAAGUGGGACAAAGUCUCUCUUUGUGCACGUACCACUUUUCUUGACUAUAGAUGAGGAGACACAAAUGCAAUUCGCUGCUUCCUUGUUGGAGGUAAUUGCCGCUUUGUAUUGA